GGGCUAAGGCGGCGGCGCGCGCGGUACCGGCAUGGCGGAGGCGGCGGGCGGGGAGGGCGGCGGCACCGGGGAUGCGGAGCUGGAGCCCCUGCGGCUGCGGCGGCUGCGGGGAGAGGGCUUCUUCGAGGUGCCGGCGGCCGACCGGCUGGGGAGAUGUCGGAGCGUGAAGGAGUUCGAGAAGCUGAAUCGGAUCGGAGAGGGCACCUACGGCAUCGUGUACCGUGCCCGGGACACCCUGACGGACGAGACGGUGGCACUGAAGAAGGUGCGGAUGGACAACGAGAAGGAUGGAAUGCCCAUCAGCAGCCUGCGGGAGAUCACCCUGCUCCUGGAACUCCAGCACCCCAACAUCGUGGAGCUGAAGGAGGUGGUGGUGGGGAACCACCUGGAGAGUAUUUUCCUGGUGAUGGGUUACUGUGAGCAGGACCUGGCCAGCCUCCUGGAGAACAUGCAGACACCUUUCUCUGAGGCUCAGGUGAAGUGCAUCAUCCUGCAGGUCCUGAGGGGCCUGCAGUACCUUCACGAGAAGUACAUCAUCCACAGGGACCUGAAGGUCUCCAACCUGCUGAUGACAGACAAAGGCUGUGUGAAGAUCGCUGAUUUUGGGCUGGCUCGCACCUACGGGCUGCCCCCGAAGCCCAUGACCCCCAAAGUUGUCACCCUCUGGUACCGAGCACCCGAGCUGCUGCUGGGGAUGACAACGCAGACCACGAGCAUCGAUAUGUGGGCCCUGGGCUGCAUCCUGGCCGAGCUGCUGGCCCACAAGCCACUGCUGCCAGGCACCUCUGAGAUCCACCAGAUCGACCUCAUCGUGCAGCUCCUGGGGACACCCAAUGAAAACAUCUGGCCAGGUUUCUCCCGGCUGCCCCUGGUCACCCAGUACACCCUGCGCAAACAGCCCUACAACAACCUCAAGCACCGGUUCCCCUGGCUGACAGAGGCCGGGCUGCGGCUCCUCAACUUCCUCUUCAUGUACGAUCCCAAGAAGCGGGCGACGGCGAAGGACUGUCUGGAGAGCUCCUACUUCAAGGAGAAGCCCCUGCCCUGUGAGCCAGAGCUCAUGCCCACCUUCCCUCACCACCGCAACAAGCGGGCAGCCCCCGGCGGGGCAGGGGCAGAGAGAGAGAGCCAGGCCAAGCGUGGCAAACCCUGAGCCAGCUGGGAGGAACACGGCACAGCCCCUGGAUUCACCCUGAGCCAUCAGGAACACGGCACAGCCCCUGGGUUCACCCUGAGCCAUCAGGAACACGGCACAGCCCCUGGCUUCACCCUGAGCCAUCAGGGAGGGGGCACAGCACAGCCCCUGGGUUCACGUCCCCUGCCCAGAAUGGCUCCUGGACUCCUGUCCUCUCCCCACUGUGGCGUGGGGGGGUUGGGGGCAGCCUGGGUGUGUGUGAGGGCACAGCCACCCACAUCCUCAGCCCCAGAGCUGGGUGAGGGCUGCCCCAGAGCAGGAAGGAGGGGACCAGGGACCCCUGGGAUGCAGCAGGGAGAGGUUGGGGUGCUAGGGGUGCUCCUCGGCCAGCCAGGGGUCACCCCGAGUUUGCUAUCAAUAAAAGCAGCUGCAGCAG